AUGAAAGUCAACAGAUCUCCCCAACAAUUCUGUUGUAAAUCCUCUUGCACCUCCACCCACUUGGCAGAAAAAGGGUGGGGGCUGCAGUGCUGGCCAGAAUGCAACACCAAAGUCCAAUGUCACCCACCACCCUAUGUGCCUCCCAUUGUGAAUGGUCCUAGCACAGCUGAUAUGCCUCUGAAUCCCAUCCCUCAGUCUUCAACAGCAGUAGCAACACCUGUCUUCCAUCAGCACCCCACAGACUCCCAUUGUUUUGGUUUCAGUGUUCUGGCUCAACAGCCAGGUCAUAUCAUGCCUCCCAGGAUGGAACCUGACCUUCAAGUGCUCAAUAAUCCUUAUAUUGCCACAAUUCAGGGAGACCAAGUUCCCAGUAAUACAUCUCAUCUGCCAACACCCCAGCCCAACUACCAGUCUUGGUUUAUCCCCCACCAGCUGCCUGCCACCAUCCCUGACUCUUGUAUCAACCCCUCCCUUGAUAGCUUGCUCUCAUCAAGACAAACUUUGGCAACUGCUGAUGUUUGCCACAAGAGUUCAGAGAAGCUGUCAUCAGAGGGCUCCUCAGAAGAGGAGUUGGAGUCCUCAAGUAAUAACCCAUCAGAUGCAGAGGCUGGCAAGGUCUCCAGUGGUGAGUCUGACAAAGAUGAGGACAAUGCAUUUGGAUGGGGUGCAAUGAAUCUUAGGCAAUCAACUCAUCCUGGCUUCUCCCAAGAAAUGACAACAAGCAAUCCUAUUCACCACAAUUCCUUACCCCCUGACUAUGAGUUUCACUUACAAUCCAAGGACAAGGCUCAGCCAGAGGGUUCCCAACAUGGCACUGUUGUCAACAUUCCUAAAUGCCACCAUUGCACUAAUGGCCAUCCUUCUGUUCCUGAUUGUGAUCUUCUGACCCUUGUGCACAACUCAGUCAACAAAGUAUCUCAGUGCACCAGAGCCCCUCAUAACUCCAAGAAAGCUAAGGAUGAGGGCCCAUUGCCUUCACAACUGAGAUUUUACAAGGCAGCACUUGUCACUGUCAUUGUUGAGUGGAAUCAAUGUGGUAUGCAAUUUGAAGAUGGUUACUGGCCUGACCACAAGCAAGAUAUGGUGUACCUUCUCCUUGGUGAUAUAUCUACCUGGCAUUCAGAAUUGAAGUCAGUUACACUGGCAACCACACCAUCCACAUUCAACCUUAUCCCUCCAUCUGAUGUUGCACCAUGGGUUCAUGUACAAUGGAUAGAGACUGCUGCUGCAAAGCUCCUUGACAACUCACUUUUCCUGCAAGACAGUUUCAAUGAGAAUCAUCCUGAGUCCUUCAACAAUUCAGUUCCCCUUUCCUGUCUGGCUCUCAUCACAGCCACAUAUCAUUGUGUGUUGGAUGGAUUUGCAAAGAACAGCACAGGAAAGAUGAUGCCUCAAUUCUCCAGCAAGGCUUACAAUUCCAUUUUCCAUGGCAUGAUGAAGGUGUUGAAUGACAUCCUUCAUAAUCCCUAUCAUGGUGCAAGGUUGUGCAAUCAGCUUUCUCAGUGGGCAAAGGAAGGAUGGGCUGCACUGCAAGAGGUUGAUUUGAAUGUAGAGAGGCACCAGCACAUUCAGGCAGUCCUUGAUUGA